AUGGCCUUGAAACUCGAGGACCCUGGUAAUGGGUUCCGGCAUGGCAAGGUGGUGGCCUUCAUCAACGAGAGCAUGGCCAGGCACGAAAAAGGCUCUGCGUUCUAUCUCGAGAAUAUAUCCUUGUCCUGGGCGGCGGUGGAGGACAAGCUCCGGGCCAUACUGGAAGAUCAUCAGGUGUCCAGCGAGGCCAAAGAGGCCUGUGUCUGGGGCAGCCUGGCCCUGGGCGUGCGCUUCGCCCACAGGCAGAGCCACUUACACAGGUACAGGGUGGAGUGGCUGUACUACUUCGCCAAACUGCACAAGUCGGUGGCACGGGCCUUGGUCUCAGACAUGAAGUUGCUCAAGGCACAGCAGGACGUGGAGCGCAAGGAGGCGGCCUCCCUGCUGCAGCUAGCCCAUGCCAGGCUGGCGGAGGUGCAGAAAGAGCGGGACCUCCUGAGGUGGAAGCUGUUGCAGGCAGAGUCGGCUGCAAAGGUACCAGGCCUGGCCACUGCCAGUGGGACAGGGGCAGAAAGAGCAGGUGAGGAGGAAGAAGAAGCAGGGGCCACUGCUCCUACUGCAGCCGCUUCUGGAGCCACAGGAGGAGGAGGAAGACAGAAGGAUGUGGAAGGGUCAGAAGCUGCCGAGAGAGCAAAGGAGCUGCGUGGAGACCUUAUGCAGCUUCUCGGAGUUGUGAACCAGAAAAUUUACACCUCUGGUGGGCAGAGGGAGGGAGAUCUCAGGUCCAUGGACACAGCCAUGCUUUAUUUACCUGGGAUAGCGAAACGCACCCACAUCCUCCCCACCAGCAGCGCCGUUCACAGCAGGAGCUCCAUCUCAGACGUCUCCCUGCUGGGGGCCCUCUGA